UGUAAUGAACAAACCUAACAGCUGCAAGGAUGACUAUGGGGACAAGAAUGUAAAAAGGUACCAGCAGCUUUAAAAGGAGACAACAACUGGGGUCCUCUUAAUGACUUACAUAUUCAUUUACAAGCAAACAGUUUGUGACAUGCUUAUUAGAUAGACAAUAAACAUUCAAAAUCUCUCAAUACACUAAAAGUACAAUGAGACUGUAGUAGAAGUAUAAUGACGUGUAAAAGAUGGUUGUUAAGCUACAGUAAAUGCAGGUCAGUAGUCGUUACAUAGUAAUGGAAGAUAUGUGAGCCACACUGAAGGUCAAAUAUGUCAACAACAGUUCCCAGUGUGCAUCAGUGUCUUUGUCUGUCCAACACACACACACACACACACACACACACACACACACACACACACACACACACACACACACACACACACACACACACACACACCACUUGAACAGACAGUCUGAGAAUGCAGAUAAGUGUCAACACAAAAUCCACUUCACAAGUUUGCAAAAAAUACUCAAAAUCUUCAUCUUUACAACGUAUUCUGCUCCCAAAACUGGUUCAUUGUCAAGAAUUAAAAAUGUCAAAGAUGAAAAGUAUGUAAAUCCUUGUAGCAGCCUUUCUCUGAGUGAAAGAAGUAUCCUAAUUACAGGAGGAGGAGCCAAAACUGACGUAAGGAAAUGAUAAAUUCUGGUUGUAGGGUUUAUUCUCCUCCUUUUUCUCCCUCAAUAAAGAGAGUAAACAAAAUGCCAAAAUAUAAUCUUAAAACAUCAGCUGUUUUUAAAUGCCUAAACUGAAGAUUCAUUAUAUUUCUAACACAAAAACGUCAGUUUUUAAACAUUUUGUUGGUAAUUCUCUCCUGAAUCACUUAAUAGUGCUUGUGAUAUGCGCCUGAAUUUUAACUGCAUUGUUCAUCAUUACUCUUGACAAAAGGCGCUCCGCUGGAUGGGGUGUCCUUUCACCUCUGAGGUUUAACUCAGGAUAUCUUUUGAGCCGAGUGAUCCAAUGCAGAGCGUCGCCCCCUCACUAUCUUUAGUGAGCCACGGUCUGUGAAUGGAGAGCCUGACUUUAUCUGGCCUACUGUCAUCGAAGCCGCUGGUAUUUUUAGGGGGUGGCUUGCAGUGGCAGCAGCUGUGAAAGUAUUUAAUGCUCUCCCUCUCACACACUCUUUAGCUGUUGGACAAUGACGCUAUCAGGGCUGACGCACGACCUGAGCACUCAGCCUGAAUUCUGUAGCCAUUUUCCUCUUUGACACCUGCAACAGAACGGGACGUUUCAGAGGCAACAUCAGUGAGCAAGUCACAAGGUUUGAAUGGAAGACUACACCUCUUACUUGAUUUGACUCCAAGUCACCAGGAGGUGUGUCAAGUGAGUUCAAAUGGACAACGAGCCAAACUAGACUUAAAGAGAGAAGAGCUGAGGAGUUUCAUCCUUGAAAGAAUGCUUUAAAGCCAGUUAUUUAUAGCAGUGCUCCUUCAUGUUGGAUGAUCAUUUUGAGGUAAUCCCACAUUCCAAGAAAUUUCUUCAGUUCCAGAGAGAAAAAGCAACAUCCUAAUGGAUAUUUUUGGAGGUGCUCCUCGUGUUUUGGGCUAUCCACGGCCCGUUGUGGCAGAGUGCGGCACAGAUGCCACAUUAAGGUGCCAAAUUGGUGGUGACCCUCGACCUGAUGUGAUCUGGGAGCGCAAAAAUGUCCAAAUUUUGUCUGAGGGACGUUACAAGCUCUCAGAAGAGGGAAAGUUUUACCUGCUGACCAUUAAUGGAGUAACUCAACAAGAUGCUGGUCAAUAUAUCUGCAAGGCAAGAAAUAGUAUAGGUGAAACAUAUGCAGCAGCCUCCCUUAAAGUGGAAGGAGAGCCCCAAGGAAAGGACGGGGGGCAACAACAAUCUGUAGCUAAUAAUGUGGAGCAAAUGGUACGAGAAAAUGGAGAACCCAAAGGACAUCUAAAUGGGUACUGUGUGGUGCAAAAUGGUGAGAACAAAACUGAAAGUAGAAAGCAGAUGAAUGAGGAGAAGUUUAGCGAAAAAGAGGUCGAUGACAAACCAAGAUUUCUAAUCAAGCCGCUCUCCCUGCGUGUGGAUCGGGGUGAGGAUGCAGCCUUCUCGUGCAAAAUCUGGGGCACUCCUCCGCCACAUGUGACAUGGGAGAAAGACGGGAAGAAGCUGAAUGACAUCUUUGAGAGUUCACACUUCAGCGUGUGCAGUCAAGAUGGAGGCUGGUUCCAGCUGAAGAUCUACAGGACGCGCAUGCCAGAUAAAGGCGUCUACACCUGCAAAGCCACAAACGGUCAGGGCGAAGCCUUGGCUGGAGCAGUCCUCCUCGUCGAACCUGUACCGGAGCGAGACGAAAGUAAAAUGUCCUCAAAUGGGCUAACGAACAGCCAGUGGUCACCAAAGCACAGGGGGAGCAGGCUUAGUAUGCUAAGGGGCACAGAGGAUCCACCUGUUAACAGGUCUCAAGUCAAAAAGUUUGCAGUGGCAGAAGGGAAACAUGCCAAGUUUCGCUGCUUUGUGACAGGAAAGCCAAAACCAGAAAUAAUCUGGAAGAAGGACGGGGUUCCCCUGGAACCUGGGAGGCGUCAUCUGAUAUUUGAAGACAGAGAGGGUUACUACACACUAAAGGUUUUGUACUGCAAAUGCCAGGAUACAGGGUUAUACGUGUGUGCAGCAUCAAACGCUCUUGGAAACACCCUCAGUGCCGUUCACUUGUCUGUUAAAGGUUCAGCUGUUCGGUUCAGGCGUCCACUAAAAGACGUGGAGGUGAAAGAAAGGGAUGUUGCUGUGCUGGAGUGUGAAGUUCCUGAUGAGUCAGUGCCGGCUGCCUGGUACCUAGAGGACCAGCGGCUGAUGCCCAGCAGUAAAUAUGGGAUGGAGCAGAAAGGAACGAGGCGAAGACUCACCAUCCAUGACGUUGGGAUAGAUGAUGAUGGCGUGUAUCUGUGCGAGAUGCCUGAUGGAGCGAAAAGCAUUGCAGAGCUCUCAGUUAAAGGUACCAUUGUUCGUAAACUUCCUCGGAAGCUGGAGGUCCUGGAGGGUGAAAACGCAGCCUUCUGUGUGGAGGUGGAGGAGGACGAAAUGGAGGUCCACUGGUUCAAAGAUGGUCUAAAGUUACAUGAGACGCACCAGACGAUCCUCAAGUCGUUUGGCAAAACUCAUAUUCUGGUCUUUGUCAAUGUGGCCUAUCAAGACUCAGGAGUAGUGACGUUCAUCACAGGGAGAUCCAAGACGUCCUCACGCCUCAAAGUCAAAGCCACAAGACACUGUCCCCCUAUCUGCCCUGUGGAAGUCAAAAUGGAUGUAGAUCGGCCCAACAGUGUUCUCCUUACCUGGGUUCCGUCCCCCAACAGCCAGAUGUCAACACGCUCCAUCUUUGUGCUGGAGAGACAGGAAGUGGGCUCUCAGGAGUGGCACAAGUUUUUCUCCUCAGAGACCGCCACCUCAGCCGAAGUCUCCGGCGACAGCGUUCCGUGUGAAGGCAACUACCGCUUCAGAGUGUGUUGCAUUAACAAGUAUGGGCGAAGUGGUCAUGUCGAGUUUCCCAAAGCCUUCCAUUUGGUGCCUGGACCCAAGAUUUGCAGCCGGCUUCAAGGCUGUGAGGUGGAGGAAGGGGAAAAUGCUCGUUUCUCCAUUGAACUGUCUGUUGCAAUGGUUGGAACGUGGUUUCUGAAUAGUGCUCAACUGCAACAUGGCGGGCGAUAUUCCAUACAACACAUUCAAACUCAUCACUCACUGGUGAUCCAUGAAACACACUCGACAGAAGACAUGGCAGAAGUCACGUUCAUAGCCAAUGGAGUCCGGGACUCAGCUGUGCUCAAGGUCAAACCUGCUGUGGUAAAAUUCAUUCCUUUGUCAGAUUCUGACAAAAUUAGAAGGCUUCACACUGGUGAGGCCAUUGUCCUGUACUGUGAAGUUUCCCAUCCAUUUGCAAAAGUCUCCUGGUUUAAAGACGGCAAAGAGCUCCAUGUGACAGAUGACCUCAACAUCCAGUCAGAUGGAAACAUGAGGAGGAUUGUGAUCCAGUCAGCUAAUAUGUCUCACUCUGGGGUUUAUACAUGCAGAAGCACAGACGAUUCUGUAGAAUUCAACGUGGAUAUUGCAGGUCCUCCAGUAGAGUUUAGUCCAGCCACAGAGGAGGAGCUGCAGAAGAGCAGCAUGGAGCUGGACCCAGUAGUCCUACUCUGUCAUGUUUCCAGAGAUGAUGCUGAAGUUGUGUGGUUUAAGGACGGUUGUGAGAUCCAGCCCAGCGACAACAUCACUCUGCAGGCAGAGGGGUCCAUGAGGAGGCUAAUCAUCCGCUCUGCAGACAUCUCAGAUGCUGGCAGCUACACCUGCCAGACAGGAAACAACAGCAUGAAGUUCACCGUUAACAUAAAAGAGCCUCCAGCAAUGAUUGUGGAACCCAAGGAUGAUGUUGUGAUGGAAAACUAUAUCUCAGAAGAAAUACACUUGCAGUGUGAAUUGUCACGCUCCAGUGGUAAAGUGCGGUGGCUUAAGGAGGGCAAGGAGAUAAAGGACAGUAGCAACAUCCAACUCACAUCAGAGGGCCCAUACAGGAGGCUGACCAUCCUCUGUGGAUCCGUGGAAAACAGUGGAGAGUAUGUUUGCGAAACAGAUGGAGAUUCUGUGUUCUUCCAGCUCACUGUCAGAGAGCCACCAGUUCGAAUCGUUUCUCCUCACGAAUCAGAACUGGAACUGACCCAUUUGGCCCCUGAGAGGCUGGAGCUCAGCUGCGAUAUUUCCCACUCAGAAGCCCCCGUCUACUGGUACAGAGACGGCCUAGAAGUAGAGGAAGGUCCUAAUUUGAUCCUAGAGGUGGAUGGGGUGCGACGCAGGCUAAUUAUACCCGUUACCGCUGUGAACGACACUGGGGAGUAUGUAUGUGACACUCAAGAUGACUCUGUCGCCUUCUUGGUGACAGUUACAGAGCCCCCAGUGAUGCUUACUCGCCCUCAAAACAUACCUGACAAAAUGGACUUUUUUAUUGGCAAACCAAUUGUGCUGAAAACUGAGGUGUCCCGGCCAAGUGCACGAGUCAAAUGGUUGCUAAACGGCAGUGAAGUAGAAGAGAGCAGUAACAUCAACAUCACUGAGGAUGGACUCAUCCGUUGCUUAACCAUCCACUCUUCUACACCAGUGGAUUCUGGGAAAUACACCUGCGACGCAGCUGAUGAUAAAAUAGAUUUCCAGGUCAAAGUUUCAGAGCCUCCAGUGAAGAUCUUAAGAAAGUCAGAGAUAAAGACGCAUCUCAAGUCCAAAAUUGCUGAUGACAUUGUGCUUGAGUGUGAACUCUCUAGAGCCAAUGCUGUAGCUAAAUGGUACAAGGAUGGCUUUCGAGUUGAAGGCAACGAAAGGUUUUGUGAAGAGGAAGAAGGCACUUUUCGCUCACUGGUCAUUCUCAACGCUGAAAUUGGAGACUCAGGAGAAUACUUCCUGGAUGCUGGAGAUGACAAUAUCAGCUUCCAAGUGAGGGUAGAAGAGCCUCCAGUGACCAUUGUAGGGAAUUCAAUUGACCCUGAAUACCAGGACAUGGUGGCAGGUGAUGACCUGAUUUUGGCAUGUGAGGUGUCCCGGGCCAAUGCACCAGUCCAGUGGUACUGCAAUGACAGACUGCUCACAGAUGACUCCCGCACCCACAUCGAGACAUAUGGUUCUCUGAGGAAAAUUAUCAUCUCAAAUGUCCAACCCUCAGAUUCUGGAAAAUAUGUGUGUGAUGCAGUGGACGACAAGAUGAUAAGUGUUGUUCGAAUUCAAGAGCCUCCAGUUGUAUUUGUGAACAAAGAGGAUGACAUUGUCCUGACGGGUUAUGAAGCAGAAAGCGUGACCCUUAUGACCUACGUGUCUAAGGAAAGCGCUCUAGUGUGUUGGAUGAAAGAUUGGACCCCCGUCGAAGGAGAACGUUUCCGAUCACUCAUGGAAGGCCACAAGCGCACACUUACCAUCGAGCCAUUAAGGCGCUCCGAUGCUGGCGAGUACACCUGUGACGUCAACACAGACCAGAUGCACUUCAGCCUGCUGGUGAAAGAAAUGAGAAUCAAAUUUGUGAGGCCACUUCGAGACACAGUGUCCCAUGCCGAUGGCAUGGUGACUCUUCGCUGUGAGGUGUGUAGGCCUAAAGCAGAUGUCCAAUGGCUAAAGAAUGGUGUGGAGGUGGUUCCGAGUAGGAGAUUUUCAAUUCGAGCAGAUGGAGUGGAGCGAAGCUUGACCAUUCACCGUUUAACUAAAGAGGAUGCGGGGGAGUACGCCUGUGAAUCCAAAGAUGACCGGACUGUAGCUACGCUGAGAGUAGAGUUGCCUCGAGUGGUGGAGUUCCUGACUGAGCUCCAUAAUACUACUGUCUUGGAAGGAGAAGAUGCCACCUUCAAGUGUGUAGUUUCACCUGAGGAUGUCCACUUGGUCUGGAUGAUGGACAAUGAGGCUAUUGCACUAGGUGACCGUUUCCAGGCAACACAGAACGGUCUGUGCCACACUUUGGUGAUUAAGAAGUGUCAGAUGUUGGACUGUUCAAAGAUUACAGCAGAGGCGGAGGGACAUAUAAGCAAAGCUAGCCUCAAAGUUCAGGAGGCUCAAAUAAUGUUCACUAAGAAGAUGGACGCUGUUAUGGCGGAGGAGUUUGGUGACGCCACCUUGGAAACAGAGAUAAGCCUGGAAACGGGUGAGGUCCAGUGGAUGAGACAGGGGGUGGUUAUUCAGCCCGGCCCACAAUACACACUGGCCCAAAAUGGCUGUAAACGUAGCCUCAUCAUCCACAACCUAACACUGUCAGACAGAGGAACCUACCGCUGCGAGACUCUGCACGACCGGGCGCAAGUUAAACUAAAUGUGGAACCUCGUAAAAUCUCCAUUCGCAAGGGUCUGACUGAUCAGGAAACCUUUGAACGAGAGACUGCCUCUUUUGAAGUAGAGCUCUCCCACACGGACGUGGAGGGAAGUUGGCAGAAGGAUGGCAUCAGGGUAAAACCAAACAACCUGUGGCGAGUGAGCACAAACGGACAUGUCCACAGCCUCACCCUGUCCAAUCUCACGCUGGAGGACACGGGCACCAUUGUUUUUUCAGCUGAGGGAGUGCGCACGACUGCCAGACUCACAGUUAAAGAGACACCAGUGUCCAUCCUGAGACCACUGGCUGAUGUCCGUGUAGAGGAGGAACUUCCUGCCACUCUAGAGUGUGAAUUCUCCAGGCAAAAUGUUGAAGUCAGAUGGCUUAAGAACGGCGUGCAGCUGAAGCCAGGGAAAAACUGUCGGAUCUACUCCAUGGGUCGAAAGCGAUUUUGUCAGAUCAUGCAGUGCUCCAAGGGAGACUCUGGCACCUACACAUGUGACACAGGGGAAAUUGAUACCUCCUGUUCACUUGACAUUUUUGAGCAUGAACUGGAGAUAGUGCAGGAUCUGGAGGAUCUUUAUAUCCAGGAGGACCAGAAUGCCGUCUUCAUGUGUGAGGUUUCUUUGGAGGAAGUGACAGGGGAGUGGUACAAAGAUGGCCAUAAAAUUCGGCCCUCUAGCAGCAUCAAGAUGCGCACUGAAGGGACCAAACACUUCCUGCUAAUGUGCAAUGUGAAAGCUGAAGAUUCUGGAGAAAUACGUUUUGUUGCCAAGGAAAUUGAAUCCACAGCUUACCUCGAGGUAGAAGAGCUUCCUGUUUCCAUUGUUAAACCUCUGCGUGACCGAACGGCUCUGGAGAAACAUCGUGUGAUCCUUGAGUGCACAGUUUCCUCCACUCGCUGCAGCGCUGCUUGGUACAAGGGCAAGGAGGAGCUGGUUUCUUCAGAUCGCAUGGAGAUCUUGGUAGACGGUUGCUCUCAUAAGCUGGUGAUCCAGGAAGUGGCGGUUGAGGAUGAGGGUACCUACAGUAUUACGGUUGGGGAGCACACGUCAAAAGCCAAACUCAUGGUGGAAACCCAGGCCCUUGUGGUGGUCAGAGAGCUAGAAGAUGUGGAGGUGAUGGAGCCGGAGCCGGCAUGCUUCAAGUGCGAGGUGUCUGUUGACAUAAACAAGCCUCCCGCUUGGACUCUGAAUGGAGAGAACCUGCAGCCGAGCCCAUUUGUACGCAUGGAAACCCACGGGACUGUUCACAAGCUCACCCUGAAAAACACCAGUGUUGACAUGAGCGGGACGGUCAAAUUUACGAUGGGGAAGGCCAAGAGCACUGCCAUGCUCACGGUUAUGGGAGAGUAGAUGAACAAGACAAAGAGAAAAGCAUGUGAGAAACAAGGAUGGGAAAAUAUAUUUAUGCCGAGAACAUUUAACAAUACAUUUUAUGCACUGAUAUGAUCUGCUCUAUAAUCUUCUGAGUAAUAGCAUUUUGAACCUGAGCCAUGUUCUUAAGGUCAUUUAUUCCAUUUUAUAACAGUGUCGAUUAUAUUUAUUUACCUAAAAACAAUGUUGAUUUUCCAUUGUUGGUCUCUAAUGAAGUUUCCCCAAAAUAAAACAUAAAAUAACUAAGACUAAUUCAAAGUCUACUGAUAAAAAAAUGCUUUGCUAGAAAGAAGUUCAUAAGAUGCACUGGUGUCAUAAAAACAGACAAAUAACUAAGAUUAUAAAUAAAAAAGAAUGUUGUUUAGUUGCCUC